AUGGCCGACCACAAGUACCAAAGGCGAGCGGGCCAACAAUUCGACGAGGAGGUGUCGGCAAAUGUUCUCGGUCUCAUUCAAGAGACGGAGCAAGCCUUCGAGGCUGUCGGAAACGCCGUCAAUGAUGCGAGGUCGGUCUCACGGCUGUCCGAUUCACUUCACCUUGCUGCGCCGUCCCCGAAUGUCCCCCGAGUUCACUCUCGUGGCCCAUCUGCGCCUGCGGCCGAGCGACUCCAGCCCGCACCUCCGCCACCCAAAGCAGCAGAGCCCAAACCGCCGGCCAAGAAGAGCGGAGGCGGCCUUCGCAGGGCAAUGAUUGAGGGCGUUGGGAGCAAGCUCUUGGGCCAGCGCUUCAAGCGCAUCGUGGCAGACGAGAUGCUCACCCCUGCGCGCAUAGAAGAGCUCAAGAAGAAACGCGAGCAAGCCGAGGCCGAAGAAGAGGCCAAAUUGCAGCUGGCGUGCGAAGUCCCGAUCAAUGAGCAGAGCGACAAGGUGGACACGCCAGAAGAGCCCUUUCACCUGGAGAGCUUUGUCACACAUGAGGGCGCGCCCGCUGUGGCGUCGCCAUCGAAGACGGCCGGCGUCAACGCCAGAAGUGUGAGCCCCGGGACAGCAGACGCCGACACAAGGCGUCUUACACCUCCGCAGCAUAACGAACAUAGUCGAGGGUCGGCAGAAUACACAACCACGCAUGACGACACGGCUACUGAAAACAGUUCCCUUCUCAGUGCUCCAUCCAGGAGCCCAACACCGAGCAGACUAUCUCCAGAGCCGAGACGGCUUUCGACGAUACCUGAAAUAAUAAUCGAUCCGUGUCCAUCGCAGGAGGAGACGCUGGACGACGAGCCGGCCACCGCAACGGUACGACAUGACCCGCGCAGGGACUCGGACGACGAGUUUGUUUAUCUCAAGGGCACCGAAAUCUCCUUUACCAAUCGCUCCUUUCGGCACGGGCCUAUCGCGUGUCACAGGCCGGAGCCGAACCAGAGAGACGCCGAGUUGGAGGUUGACGAGUCGGUGGACUGGACGGCUUUCCACAUGGCCAUUAUGGGCGGCGCUGGAGAUCUCGCGUCGGGCCUGUACGAGGACGAGCAAGAAGACAUGGCCGACGAGAUGGCGGAGUGGUUCGAGGGGUUUGGGUUUGAGACGCACGGGCAGCUCGUGCCGAGCCGCGACGACUCGUCACGGAGCUCCUCGCAGAGCGAUACGUCGUCGUCGCCGUCGACGAUUGACUUGGACUCGGACCUCCCCAUUCCCGUCCACAUGGAACAUUCCAACUUGUAUCAUGCACAAGGCCGCAAUGACGGGUCUGUCGACCCGACAGCGGCGCCAUUCGAUGGGAUUCGAUUCUUCCGAAGCAGCAGCCUUCGACGCUGGAGGGCUAUGGAGGAACCAGCAUACUGGGCCCCGACGAUUCGUCGAGACUCUGGAAGGAAGCCGAUGAAGAGGCCAGACCCGUUGGUAGUGGGCAGCGAGGACUAUGGCUACGGCGACGUGAGCGAGAGCGUCGUAGACAUGGCCCCGAUGGGCUGCAACCUGGAGAACGACUUGGGUGACUAUCUCCGGUGGGGUUCGCAGCACGUCGGCGCCCCGUUGUGA